CUUUUCUACAACCUCUCUUCCCCUUCAGACCCCUGUCUCUACAUCUCUGUCUCUCUUCUACUCUCAUCAUCCCCCAUCGCCUCUCUCUUCCACUCUUUGUCUGUUGAUACAGAGGAAUGCAGUAUGUGGCAAGCUGUGGCUCUUUGGCUGUUGGUACUUGGGACUCUGCUCCGUGUAUCAAUGCAGGGUCCUCACCAGCGCUUUCUGCUCAGGGAGCUGCUAAGAGACUACAACCCCAUGGAGAGGCCGGUGGCCAACGAUUCUCAGACCCUCACUGUUCAGUUCUCCUUUACUCUGAUGCAGGUCAUGGAUGUGGAUGAAAAGAGCCAGAUCCUAACUACGAAUGCCUGGUUGCAGAUGCAGUGGUACGACCAUUACCUUCAGUGGAAUCAAUCAGAUUAUCCUGGAGUUAAAAACCUUCGUUUCACUCCUGAUCAAGUCUGGACACCUGACAUAUUACUUUACAACAGUGCUCAUGAUAAGUUUGAUGCAACCUUUAAGACCAAUGUGCUGGUUAACUCCAGUGGUUUCUGUGAGUAUCUGCCUCCAGGAAUAUUUAUCAGCACAUGUAACGUGGAUGUGCGGUGGUUUCCAUUUGACAUCCAGCGCUGUGAACUGAAGUUUGGCUCCUGGACAUUUGAUGGCUGGCUGCUGGACAUCCAGAUGAAGGAAGCAGAUGUGUCAGGGUACAUGCCCAACGGAGAGUGGGACCUAGUGGAGGUUCCCGGUGGUCGUCAUGAGGUUUUCUACGACUGCUGUGCAGAGCCCUACCCUGACGUAACCUUUGUGGUGACCUUACGAAGGAGGACCCUGUUCUACGCUCUCAACCUACUCAUCCCAUGUGUGCUCCUCUCCUCCAUGACCCUGCUGGUCUUCCUGCUCCCUGCCAACUCUGGAGAGAAGAUCAGCCUAGGCAUCACGGUUUUGCUUUCUCUGACUGUCUUCAUGUUGAUGGUUGCAGAGAUCAUGCCUGCCACUUCAGAUUCGGUACCACUGAUAGGUCAGUACUUUGCAAGCACCAUGGUGAUUGUAGGGAUGUCAGUCGUAGCCACAGUCAUCGUCCUUCAGUUCCAUCACCACAGUCCUGACAGUGGACCCAUGCCACGUUGGGUGAACUUGGUUCUGCUGCAGUGGGUCCCUUGGUUCCUGCGGAUGAAGCGUCCAGGUGAGGGGGCAGAACCUUCUCUUCCCUACAGUCAGACAGACUGUCAAAGCAAGUGUCUGUCCUCUCCUACCACCACAACUACCACGACCACCAUCCCCACCCUGGUGCCCUCCAUCCUCCCCCAGAGCAUCAACUCCCUGCAGGCCAGCCUGGCUCAGCUCAACCACCCUCUGUCACACCCAACCCCCCAUCGGCCCAACUCCCAAGCUGUUAUUCUCCCCAAUCACUGCCACAGAGAUCCCAGUCCCAAUCCACAUCCCCAACCCAAUGGUCAUCUGCCUUACAUGGGCUUCCAGACCUUCCAGACCACUGUAGAACUGGAGCCAGUUCAGACGAGCAGAGCCACCAGUUAUAGGAGGGGUAGCAGUGGAGUUGGUGGAGGAGAUGGAGAAGGAGCAGCAGCAGCAGGAGGGGGAGGACCUGGAAAUACAACUAUCCAUCACCACCUACCAUCUGCCAAGUUUGGGAAUCCAACACAGGAAACUCCAGUGUCCCCCGAGCCUGACCCAUCAACCACAUCCUUGGGACCCAGUGGGGCUGGAGCAGGGAGAACAGCUGCCAUGCAUACCCACAGUGGUGGGGUCCGAGGCAGAGCGGUGGACAACCAGCUCCAGGAUCUUCUUGCGGAAGUGCAAUUUUUAGUUGAGCGUGUUCGUGAGCAGGAUCGGCAGCUCAGUUUGGCGGAGCAGUGGCAGUUUGCUGCAGCUGUCAUCGACCGCUUGUGCUUGGUUGGAUUCAGUGUUUUCAACAUCAUCUGUACCAUCGCUAUCCUCAUGGCUGCACCCAACUUUGGAGAAGCACUGUCAAAAGACUUCCUCUGA